AUGAUUGCGGAAUUUACGGCGGCAGUUAUUGCUAAAUGCUGCGAUACACAAGAACAACAGAUGCAGUUGGCUUCAGCUGGUGUAAUUCCACCUCUUGUCAACUUGUUGCAUUCGGGUCACGUCAAAGCACAGGAGGCGGCUCUGGAUGCGCUGGCAACGCUAUGUCGCGAAAACAGCGAGCUCGGCGAGAUUGUGAUUCACGCUAAACCGAUUGACUCAAAUCAACUGACGACUGCUACUAUGCUCGAAUUUGUACGCGACAAGUGUCCGAAUAUGCGUUUGAUUGCUGCUACCUGCUUGACAAACUUAUAUCGAACGGGCGUAUUUAUCGAGCCAUUUACUGAAAUUGUGCUGGUUGUACUACCGGCAUUAGUCAAGCUGUUGAAUGAUCCCUCGGGUGAUGUACAGGAAAGAGCUCCAUUGGUUCUAGCGGAUCUGGUAAAGGAUAGUGAGGAUAUGCAAAAGGCAGCAUACGAUGCAGACGCCAUUUCGCGCUUGGCAGAGCUGUUAGUCAGUGCGUCGUCAAAGGAAAACGAUGAUGAUUCGGAUGAGCGGAUUGGAGUACCGGGUGUUGGAAGCGUCGCUAAGCGCAGAGAAAAAAUUCGCGAGAAUUCUUUGAUUGCUAUUGCUGCAGCCACUCUGUUAAAAGAAGAAUGUCGAUCUCAGGCGAUCAAUUCCAAAGUAUUACCACACGUUGUAGCAGCACUUCAAAGUAAGUAUCCACAUGUCCGGCUAGCGGCAUGUCAAUGCGCGAAGUCGCUUUCACGUAGUGUGAGCAACUUGCGUACCAGUUUAGUGGAUGCUGGAGUAGCGGCACCUCUCUUGAAGUUAUUACGAGAUGAAUCUACUAUUGUCCAAGCUGCAGCCUGUGGUGCAUUGUGUAACCUUACACUCGACUUUUCACCCAUGAAGAAGAGUGUGAUCGAUGCAGGGGCCAUUGAUCGAUUCGUCGAAUACUCACGAUCAAAUGAUGCCAAGCUCCAGCUUAAUGGUGUAUGGGCACUUAACAGUCUACUUUACAAAGCCGAUCUGUCAGCGAAAAAGGCGGUGAUGAAAUCACUUACUUAUGAUGCAUUGAUCGAGCUGUUACACGAACCCAAUCCUGCUAUACAAGAACAAGCAUUAGAGAUUGUGAGGAAUUUGGUGUGUGGACAACAAGAGGAUAUCGAGGAUGUUAUCGAGGGUAUUGGCCGGGAUGAUCUAUUGGAUGUAUUGGAAAGCAAGCUUCAGGUCACAUCCAAUAUGGGACUCGAGGGUGAUGAUAGCACAACCAUGACAUCGGUUAGUACAUAA